CACAACCUCCGCCCAACUCGCUCUUUAACUACAGCACCAAACUCUAACCUCCAAUCCAAAACCCCAAAACACAAAACCACCGCCAUCAUGCCAAUUAAAGCCGUAAUGGGAGGCGGGGGCUUCAACCCCUGGGGCGAACUCUCCAACCCAGACGCCCUAACAAAGGUCUUCUCGAUCCUCAAAUCCGCCGGCGUGACAACAAUCGACACAGCUCGUCUCUACGCCGGCUCCGAGGAAAUGAUCGGUGCAACACCCGGUCACGAAACCUUUACCAUCGACACGAAAAUGCUGGGUGGCUUCGGAGAAGAUUGUGCUAAAAAGGACGACAUCAUCGCCGCUGUCCAGGAUUCCCUGAACAAGUGCAAGAUCUCCCAAUUUGACAUUGUGUACAUCCACGCCCCGUCUCGCGACGUACAGUUUGAAGAGUCGGCAGAAGGGAUAAACGAGUGCUACAAAAAGGGCCAGUUUAAGCGCUUCGGGCUCAGCAAUUUUACAGCCGAGGAGGUGCAGAAAAUGUACGACAUUUGCAAGGACAAAGGGUAUGUGGUGCCGAGUGUUUAUCAGGGGAAUUAUAACCCUGUGGCGAGGAAGGCGGAGACGUUACUCUUCCCCACGCUGAGGAAGCUCGGGUUUGCGUUUUAUGCGUAUAGUCCCAUUGCAGGCGGAUUCCUGACCAAGACGAGGAAGCAGAUCGAAGACGGGGUCGGCAGGUUUAGUGCGGAGGCAAUUGGCGGUCUGUAUCGUCGGCUGUACAAUCGGCCAAGUUUUUUGGAUGCGUUGGCCGAGUGGAAUGCGGUUGCACAAGAGGAGGGCGUGUCUACGGCGGAGUUGGCGUAUCGGUGGGUUGGGUACAACUCUGCGCUCAAGGAGGGGCUGGGCGAUGCAGUCAUCUUUGGGGCGAGCAAGAUUAAGCAGGUGGAGGAGACGACGGCGUGGUUGGCGAAGGGAGGGUUGAGUGAGAAGGCGGUGCAGAGGAUUGAGGCGAUUUGGAAGAGUGUGGAGAAGGAGGCUCCUGUUGAUAACUUCCAGGAGUAGCAAGGGGCAGGGCCAGGUCGGGGUCGGAGCCGAUACAAGGACCUUCCGGAUAGGUUCCGGGCCACCCGAGGUGGAACGAUUCAU